AUGGCCGAAACAACUCGAAAAACAUGUCGAACUUUCAAGGCAGAUCUUGGGCCUUUUCACAUAAAUCUAAACCCAGUUGUUACGUUGAUAUCGGCAACGGUCAUUUGGGGGUUUGCAAUAUGGGGAAUGGUGGACACAACUAAUGUAUCAGAAUACAUGGCCGAGGGAAAAACCUGGAUCACGGAUAAAUUCACCUGGUUGUACAUUGGCACGCAAGACAUUUGGUUUCUGUUCAUUCUUGUUGUCUACUUCUCGAAAUAUGGAAAGAUGAAACUUGGCAGAGAUGACGAAGAACCAGAAUUUAGCGACGCGGCGUAUUUCACCAUGUUAUUUUCAGCGGGUAUUGCGAUCGGUCUGUUCUAUUUUGGUGUCGCUGAACCGAUCUUCCAUUAUGAACCUGGAGAGAAUGGAAACCGUUACUGGGGAAGGUAUGUCAUAUAA